UCUUGUGUGGAUAAUGGGUGAUGCCUGGAUGGGAUAGACGGACAAGGAUCGGAAGGGAUAAUGCAAGCGAGAUGGAUAUGGUCGGAAAAGAUAGAUGGAUGGAGGAGAAAAAAGUCAGAUCGGCGCAUUAAGUAGGGUGGGUGUGAUGGAGGUGGAGUCGAUGCAACUUGGUCGGAACUAAUCGCUAGACUGCAGAUGGAGGGAAAGUUAGUUUAGUUUCGCAUAGGAUGAUUUAUAAAGUAGUUUAGGCGGGAUCAGGUGUUAGUUGCGUCUGCUAAGUACAUGGAUUCUUCUGCUUCUUCUUCUUCUUCUUCUUCCUAUUCUUCUUCCUAUUCCUCGUCGACGUCUAGGUAUUCUUCGUCCGAGUCCGAGUCGCUGUCCUCGACAUACUUCUACUCGCACUUUUCCCUCGCCGAUUCGUUUUCUCAUCCUCAUCCUCAUCCUCAUCCUCUUCCUCACUCCUCUCCUACCUCCAAGGGACAAGACAAACCACAAGAGGUCAAACCUACAUACCAACCUCCUUCACUUCCAACCACCGAAAACACAAUGGCCGACUCUUCCUCCCCAGGCAACCCCACACUCGGCAACCGCCGCAACAACCGCGCCGAAGAAGAAGCCGCCAGUGCUGCCGCUGCUGUCCUCCCCAACGAAGGCAUGAAGGCCCCCGGCGUGACGGCCAACCAGGAUGAGAAAUCCAACCUCAAGAUCAGCAUCCAUUUGAACUUGCGUGCCAAGGUGAAGUUGGAUUUGGAUGCGCAGUUGUAUGGUGAUAUCGUUAUUGGGUUGUUGUAACCUUAUUACUUUGACGUGUAUGUUGGUAUGAGGGUGGGGAUGUAUGUAUGGUACUUGAUGGCAUGCAUGAAGAAUUGAUGAAUGGAAUGAAAUGGAUAUAUGAAUUGGGUUUGUCUGUAUGAUUUGUUUGUAGGGGGUAAGGUGGUGGAGAGAGAAAUUUAGGUAGUAGUAG